AUCAGUCUGCCAUCUGAAGGAGUGGUGAGUGCACCCGGUCUGCAACCCCUGAUCAGCAGCAAAAGGGGCAACAAUUACCAGAAAUCAGGAGAAGACACUGGGAUUUAAACAUGAGGCUCCAAGCAUCUCUGCUGCUGCUAUUCCUACUGAAGAUUGGCACUGCAAGCUUAGUGAAUAGGAAGUGCGACCGUAACGAGUUCCAGUGCGGCGAUGGCGAAUGCAUUCCGCACAAGUGGGUCUGUGACGGCAGCCCGGAGUGCGACGACGAGUCCGACGAGUUCCCAGACACGUGCAAGUCCGCAACAUGCAGCUCCAACCAGUUCAGCUGUGGCGGGAGGAUAAAUCGCUGUAUUCCUUUAUCGUGGAAGUGCGAUUCUCAAAUUGACUGUGAAAACGCCUCGGACGAAGAGAACUGUCCGUCCAAGUCUUGUGGCGACGACGAGUUUCAGUGCCGCAGCGGGAAGUGCAUCUCCCUUUCCUAUGUGUGCGACGAGGACCACGACUGCGAUGACGGCAGCGACGAGGAUUCCUGUCCGGCCCCCACGUGCGCCCCGGCGUAUUUCCAGUGCCUCAACGACGGGAAAUGCAUUCCCAAGUUGUGGUCCUGUGACGGGGACAGCGACUGCGACGACGGAUCGGAUGAGCUUCAAUGCGAAGGGAACGAGCCCAUCAAGACCGACAAGCCAUGCGGCCAGCUGGACUUCCACUGCGGCAGCGGAGAAUGUAUACACAUGAGCUGGAGAUGUGACGGUGGAUUUGACUGCAAGGAUAAAUCUGACGAGAAGGACUGUGUUAAAGCCACUUGCCGGCCAGACGAGUUUCAGUGCAACGACGGGUCCUGUAUUCAUGGCAGCCGGCAGUGCGACCGCGAAUACGACUGCAAAGAUCUGAGCGAUGAGCGGGGCUGUGUGAACGUGACAAAAUGUGAAGGUCCUCAGAAGUUCCAGUGCCGCAGCGGAGAGUGCAUCUCCAUGGACAAAGUCUGCGACAGCAAUAGAGACUGCAGAGACUGGUCGGAUGAGCCCGUCAAAGGAUGCAGGGAAAACGAAUGCUUGAAAAGAAACGGCGGCUGUUCCCAUAUCUGCAAAGACCUUAAGAUUGGCUAUGAGUGUUUGUGCCCCGAGGGCUACAGGCUGGUAGAUGAGAGGCGGUGUGAAGAUAUCAACGAAUGCGAAAACCCAGACACCUGCAGCCAAAUCUGCAUCAAUCUGAUCGGCGGAUACAAGUGCGAAUGUAACGAGGGUUAUCAAAUGGAUCCAAUGACCAAGUCCUGCAAAGCCAUCGGAACCGUAGCUUACCUUUUCUUCACUAACCGCCAUGAGGUGAGGAAGAUGACGCUGGACCGGAGCGAAUACACCAGCUUUAUUCCACAUCUGAAAAACGUGGUGGCGUUGGAUAUGGAGAUAGACAGCAAAAAGAUCUACUGGUCGGACCUCUCUCAGAAGAAGAUUUACAGCGCUCUAAUGGACAAGGCACAUAACUUUUCCCACCACGCAACCGUGAUCGGUAAUGAAAUUCAGUCUCCGGAAGGUAUCGCCGUAGAUUGGGUCCAUGGCAACAUCUACUGGACCGACUCUGCAUUCAGCACCAUAUCUGUGGCCAACACAGAAGGAUCAAAGAGGAAAACUCUCUUUAAGGAGGGUCUGGCCAAGCCGCGCGACAUUGUGGUGGAUCCUUCCCAAGGGUUUAUGUACUGGACAGACUGGGGUCUGCCUGCCAAGAUUGAGAAAGGAGGCUUGAAUGGCGUGAACAGACAUACCCUGGUUUCAGAUGGAAUUGAAUGGCCCAACGGGAUCACCCUGGACUUCAUGAGUCAGAGGCUGUACUGGGUGGACUCCAAGCUUCACUCUCUGUCCAGUAUCGAUGCCACCGGAGAUAACCGGAAGACCGUAAUAGUCGACGAAGAACACUUGGCUCAUCCUUUCUCCCUUGCUGUCUUUGAAGACCUUGUAUUUUGGACCGACAACGAGAAAGAAGCCAUAUUCAGCGCCAACAGACUUACCGGAGAGAACAUUGUGAAAGUCGCCGAAGAUCUGUCCUCUCCGGACGAUAUUGUCUUGUACCACAACAUGAGACAACCUAAAGCUCAGAACUGGUGUCAAUCUCACCAUCUUGGCAAUGGCGGUUGUGAAUAUUUGUGCCUGCCAGCCCCGCAUGUCAACAGCCAUUCCCCAAAGUUCACGUGCGCCUGUCCCGAUGGCUUGCACUUGGGGCCAGACAUGAGAAGCUGCGUGGCAGAAACGAAUACUCCGGAGGUUGCUCCUUUUACAACUCCUGUUGCUACCACUGCGACCAUGAAGAGUACGACCCUCGCAAAGAUUACUACAGCAGCAAGGAGGCCUUCUACCGCCCCUCCACAGCCACCAAGACAAGCCUCAACUACUACUGUUACUACCACUACUACUACUACCACCCCCGUCACCACCUCUACAGCCCCCACCCCACAGAGCAAUACAGAAAAAUCCCUGACCUUCACCACCCAAUCAGACCAAGAUCGGAAUGUACUUGGUGCAGACGCUGCAACUUCCCACUCGAGUCCCACCGCCCUUUAUAUCGUGAUUCCCAUCGUGCUGCUCUGUUUGAUUGCCUUCGGGGGGUUCCUCCUGUGGAAGAACUGGAGACUGAAGAACACCAUCAGCAUUAACUUCGACAAUCCCGUGUACCAGAAAACCACGGAAGAGGACGAGAUUCACAUAUGCCGGAGCCCGGACGGAUACACCUACCCAUCGAGACAGAUGGUGAGCUUGGAAGACGACGCCGCAUGAACAACUGUUAGCCGCUCAGUGCCUAUCGCCCAACUCUGCUGCUCAAUUCUAUAUCAGGGGCAACGACCACAAAAGCCAAAGUCUAUUCAUACGUCCGUCCGCGCCUGCGGUGCACACGGGCCUGCCUGCGCAGCUUGAAUUUUGAGACUUUAUUUUUUUUUGUCUACCGUCCAAAGUACUUGUAUAGUUUUUUUUCUUCACAAAUUAUGUUCGGUUUAUCGUUACGUUUCUUUUUUUUUCUGGGAAAUAAUCCUGUGGAAAUUGUGCCAUUUCCCCCCCCCCCCUUCUUUAUUUGCACUUCCGUUCGCCAUGAGAGGAGAAAACCGAGGAGGCUUGUGAAGGACUCUAAAAAACUGGAUGAUGACAAAAUAUCUACAUCAUAACAGCACUGAGGGACCAUAAAGGACAGAACAACCUGAUUGGUUUUAUUUUAUAUAUAUAUAUAGAUAUUUUGUUUUUUCUUUUUGAUGUAAAAAGCACAAAAUCUUUAAAACACUAAAGAACUGCUGGGAGGCGCUUUAAACAUGCAGAACUUAUCGAGAACUGUGGAUGCGGACGUCUCCGGGCCGCCUGAUACGCCAAGCGGCUCUGGGGUUAUUCUCAGGAUCGGAGUUACAGCCAUUCUCGGAACAUUCUUCCUAACCAAACGUGUAGCGAGCCACAAACGGCCACGAUUUGCCAACAAGUGCCUAUUCUGCCGCCGUUAUGUCAUUUUGUUUGCCUGUUUCUCUGUCGCUCGCCCUCCGUCUGCACUUUUUCUGUUGCGAAUUCAUGUUGCUUUUUUUUUUUUUUAUUAUUAUUUUUUUAUAAAUAGCAUCUU